AUGGAUCCUUCGGAGAAGAAGAUAUCUGUGUGGAUCUGCCAGGAGGAGAAGCUAGUGUCCGGCCUCUCCCGGCGCACCACUUGUUCGGACGUGGUGCGAGUGCUGUUGGAGGACGGCUGCCGGCAGCGGCGGAGGCAGCGGCGGGGCCAGCGGCGCAGGAAGGCCGGUGCCCCGCCAGGCACCGGAGAGCCGCCGGAACCCCCGGACGAGGACGAGGAGGACGAGGACGAGGCACUGCCGCAGGGCAUGCUAUGCGGGCCCCCGCAAUGUUACUGCAUCGUGGAGAAGUGGCGCGGCUUUGAGCGCAUCCUGCCCAACAAGACGCGCAUCUUGCGCCUCUGGGCCGCUUGGGGCGACGAGCAAGAAAACGUGCGCUUCGUGCUGGUGCGGAGCGAUGCGUCGCUGCCCAACGCCGGGCCUCGCAGCGCCGAGGCACGAGUCGUGCUUAGUCGCGACCGCCCCUGCCCCACCCGGGGGGCUCCGGCGCGGCCCAGCCUAGCCAUGACCCAGGAGAAGCAGCGGCGGGUGGUGCGCAAAGCCUUCCGCAAGCUGGCUAAGCUCAAUCGGCGGCGCCUGCAGCAGCCGCCGUCGUCCUGUUCCUCCACUUCGUCGUCCACGGCUUCGUCCUGCUCGUCGCCGCCGCGGGCCCAUGAGAGCGCGUCGAUGGAGCGCAUGGAGACGUUGGUGCAUUUGGUGCUCUCCCAAGACCACACAAUCCGCCAGCAGGUGCAACGGCUGAGAGAGCUGGACCUCCAGAUCGACCGCUACGAGGCCAAGGUGCACCUGGAUCGUAUGCGGCGGCAUGGGGUCAACUACGUCCAGGACACCUACUUGAUGGGGGUAGGCCUCGAGCUCGAGGGGGUUACCCCAGGAGAGGAGCCCGGCGAGAAGGAGGAGGAGGCGGCAGCGGCCGUGGACGGCGAGAUGCAGACGGCGGCGCUGGAGGAGCUGGCCCGGCGCUGCGACGACCUGCUGCAGUUGCAGGAGCAGCGGGCCCAGCAGGAGGAGUUGCUGGAACGCCUCUCCGCCGAGAUUCAGGAGGAGCUCAACCAGAGGUGGAUGCAGCGGCGCCGGGAGGAGCUGGCAGGGCGGGAGGAGUCCCCGGAGUCCCCCGGCGGCCCCGGCGGCCCCGACGGCGAGCUGCAACUGGAGCAGGAGCGGGUGAGGACGCAGCUCAGCACCAGCCUGUACAUCGGGCUGCGGCUCAACACGGACCUGGAGGCCGUCAAGUCGGACUUGGAUUACAGCCAGCAGCAGUGGGACAGCAAGGAGCGCGAGUUGCAGGGCCUUCUCCACACUCUGCACUCGUUGGAGCUCACGGUAGCGCCCGGCGGGGCUCCCGGCUCCAACGCACAGGUGCGGGAACCGCGGCCCCAAUCCUGCGCCGAGGUGUGGGUGGACCAGGCCCGGGGAAUGGCCAAGAGCUGUGCUGGCAACGACGAGGACUCGGACACCGGACUGAGCUCCAUGCACAGCCAGGACUCGGACUCGGUGCCAGUGUGUGAAUCCCUUGUGUAA